CUGGAUAUUUGUCUGGCGAUUUUAAAGAUAUUACUAACGAGGAACCAAGGCGAGUGAAGUAUUUCUUUAAGGAUAAUUCUGAUUCAUUCCGUCCUGAUUCAAGACGUCAACAAUCGCAAAGAGGAUAUGAGGAUGAAUACGAACCUGAAUACUACGACGAUGAACGCCCACGCGCACGCGGCUUACACGACAAAUACAUCCGAUCAAAAUUUUGA